AUGUGGGCGUUGCACUCUCUCAUGUACAUAACUCGGGCCACAGAGAAGCAACAAGCCUAUCUGCUCGGCAACACAUCCCCCUCUGCCACAACCAUCCUGCUGCCAAUCUAUUGAGAGACAAGAGUUAUGGAAGACAGAGUAGGCUGCCCCUCUGUUUUUGUCGUGGACGUGCCACAGAGGGAUGCCCCCUUUGUGCCACCCGUGCAGAAGACCCAGAAGAAACGGUCGUAUGGCCAGCUGCUGCUGGGAAUCCUGGUGCUGCUGGCAUUGGCUGGUCUAGCCAUAGAAGCUUAUUUCCUCCUCUGCUUCCGCAAGGAACUGGACAAAGCCACAUCAAAGGGACAUGCCGAUGCAACAUUUGAGAAAUCUGUACAAGGUCACAAACCUACCAUUGAAAAGCCAGCUGCUCAUCUGACACUAGGUUCCUCUGUCACUGUGGCUCCGAACGGAUCUCUGCAGUGGGAACCCAUGAAUGGCUUGGCCUUCCUACAGGACAUGAACUACAGUGGGGGUUCCCUGAUUUGCAGCAAGCCUGGACACUAUUACAUCUAUUCCAAGCUCUACUUGGGGCAUUCAAGCUGCCCAGACAUGCAGCAGAACAGCCAGUUUGUCGCUCACACCGUUUACAAGAGGACCUCUCAGUAUCCUGAUGACAUGGUGCUGUUAACCAACAGCAUUCCUUACUGCAACUGGAAGAACAGCAAAGAUUGGAGGCAUAAUAGCUUCCUCGCUGGAAUGGUGCAGCUGGAGGAGAAGGAUGAGAUAUUCAUCAAGGUGUCUCAGCGGCAGCUGCUGUGGGUCAAGGAUGAUUCAAGAUCAUAUUUUGGAGCCUUCAUGAUCUGAGAGAGCUAGUAGAGCUGUGUACAGACAAUUGAAUCUGUGGAACAACCAGAUGGCUUCCUUCUUAUACUGCUGUGGCAGAAUUAGCCUCAAUCCUGCUUCAAUAGCUUGGUAACUUUUCAAAUAUUAUGAAGGUGAAGGGGAGCCUUACUGGGGAGCUGGGUGGGGUCCACCUUGCUGAAAGGAAGAGGCCUGUUCACUCCUUUUGGAUAGAAAAAGAUGUUCCCUUGUGCUGGAUAACAGCACACUGACCAAACGUUUGAAAACAUUUUGGUGGUUGGCAGGAGGGUUUCUGGGACACUGCUGUGAGAGGGAGGGUAGCUUUGUACUUAUCCGCUUUUGUGGAUAAGCCCUCAUACUUCCCCAGACUGCCAAAAGAGAAGAAGAAAAACACGAGACUUCCGGUCUGCUGCCAUCACCGAUAGGCGAGGGAAAUCUCGGGCUCCGAGGUCCCUAGCGGCUCUGAGGAGGGGUGAGCUGCGUGAGCGACGUGGCCACCCAGAGAACCCCCAGAUUGGGCUUUCUGGGAUCGUGGAAAUCCAGCAGCGCUCUGCAAAGUCCCGUUCGCUGCCCGGCAAGCUCUUUUUUAGAGCUCCGAGAGCAGGCUGAGCAGGACAGAGCCUUGGAUCAACUCGCUACCUCAGAGGCGCAAAGCUCCAUGCCGAAGGUGACAGAGUGACAGAUACCUCCCAAAAAAGAGAGAUUGGACUGUAAGUACAUCUCCAAAUAUUGAUUAAAGAAAAUUUGGCCAAGGGAGGGGAGUAAAAAAGGAACUGAGGUCGCUCCCCCCCCCACCGAGAAGUCUGCAUUGCGGCUAACUUGCCUUCAGUCGACUAUAAAGACAAAGUCCUUAAUUUUCCCCAAAAUCUAACUAGAAUCCUUCCCAUUUGGUAGCAGACCCAAGGGAGGGAUGUUUGGUAACUUUGAUCUCUGCAAAUCUAUAAUUUGAACAAGAAAGAGCCCACCUCUGACCUGGAGAUGGGACCCAGGAGGCUCUGACUAGCCGCCAUUAUGUCGUCAUGGGAAGGAAACUAUUAAAUGUUGCGAGACUUUGAACUUUUGAAACAUUUAUAUGAAGUGGUUAAAUUGCUUGAUACAAUAUCAACAGGAGUACUAAAAGACAGUGGAUUUAAAGAGAAAGAAUUCUUUAAAAAAAAGAAAGAAAAAGAAAAAAUAAGAGCAAGACCCCAGUUCAGACUGAAAAUUAAAUAUGGAACCCUGGGAAUAAGAACAGCAGCACCUCUGGCACAACAACCCAUGCCAGUCACUGAAAUAUGAGAAGACAAAGGAUGGAGCCAAACAAAGCACUGAGUCUACAGACACAUGAAGAACGUUUACAAUAUAUCUUUGACCAGGUGCAAGAGAUACUAUGGGAAAUGCGAGAGAACAGAAGACAGACAUUGGCAGAAGAACAACAACAUCUACCCCCAAUGGAAAAUUUGGACCCACAAGCAAGAGACAUUGAGGACAAAAACUUUAAAAUAUUUGAAGAAAUAGAACAAGAGGAACAGGAAAAUCUGAAUCUAGUGCAACCGGUGAGAGAGGGAGCACAGAACUUUUAUUUGAACCAAUGGACUUUAGAAAAAGAAGACAUCUGGGAGAGAGGGAGAACAGAGCCCGGAUAGAGACAAUUAUGCUUGGGUAAAAGAAGUUGAUUGGGCAUGGAAGUG